AUGCAUAAAUCAUGCCAGUUUCUUUGUAAGAAAUAUGUAGAAUAUAUUCAUAGUCUCCAGAAUGUGUAUAUUUUGGACAGACAAUUGGUAGAGUGUGUGGACAAUACAGAUUUGGUUUCACUGACCAAACAGAUAUCAGCUUACUCACAGAAAGGGAAACUUGAUGAUGCAAGAAAAGUAUUUGACAAAAUGGCCCAUCGAGACUCUGUUGCUUGGAAUGUAAUGAUCAGGGGUUAUGUUGAGAAUGGGAGGAUUAGAGAUGCUCGGGAGAUCUUUGACCGGAUGUAUGAAAGGAACACUGUUUCAUGGAAUUCCAUGAUCAUGGGUUAUGUACGGGAAAGAAAAAUGCAUGUUGCACUGAAGCUGUUUCUAAUGAUGCCUCUGAAAGAUAAAGAUAUCAUCAGCUGGACGACUAUAAUUUCAGGGUUUGCUCAGGAUUCGGAACUUGCCAAUGCAUGGCAACUUUUCAAGCAAAUGCCCGAACAUAAUCCAGUCUCCUGGUCAUCAAUCAUUUCAGGUUUUCAACAAAAUGGACUCGCAGCUGAAACUUUGAUCCUUUUCAAAGAGAUGUUGUCGGUUGGAACCCAACCCACUCCCCAUUCGUUUACCAGUGCUUUGGCUGCUUCUGCAGAUUUAGAAGCAUUGUCAAGAGGUCAGCAGCUCUAUGCUCAAGUACUUAAGAGAGGAUUUGGGAGCAAUACUCAUGUAGGGAACUCAGCUAUCUCUAUGUUUAUAAAAUCGGGAAGUUUGGAUAAUGCCAGGGGUGUUUUUCAUGGCAUGCCUCGACCAGACAUGGUCACAUGGAACUCAAUGAUUAUGGGAUAUGGGCAGCAUGGUUAUGGUCCAGAGGCUAUCAUGGUUUUCCAUCAGAUGCAGAAAGCAGGCUUUCAACCUGAUCGAAUCAGUUUCUUGGGUGUCCUUCAUGGAUGCAGUCACUGUGGACUUGUGGAAGAAGGAUGGCUAUAUUUUAACAGUAUGGAGAAGGAUCAUGAGGUCGCCCCAGAACCUGGGCACUAUGCUUGCAUGGUUGACAUCCUUGCACGUGCUGGGUUGCUCAAAGAGGCAGCUGAAAUGAUUGACAGGAUGCCUUUUGAGCCUGUUGCUAUCUUUUGGAGGACAUUGCUGAAUGGCUGUAGGAUCUUCAGGAAUUUGGAAUUGGGUGUUUAUGCAGCUGACCGGGUCUUGGAGCGUGAACCUGAUAAUACAGCCGCAUGCUUGAUGGCUAUGGAGAUGUAUGCGGCUGUUGGGCAAUGGACAGAGACUGUGAAAUUGAGGAGAUUGAUGAGGGAAAGAGAAGCAAAGAAGGAACAGGGAUGUAGUUGGAUUGAGAUAAAGGGGACGACACACUCGUUUACCACAAGGGAUGAAACUCACCUUGAGUCAGAUCUUAUAUAUAAGAUCCUUGACUUGCUAGCAUAUGACGUUGCUGGCUGUUGGAUUGAUUUUCUUGAAGAGCUGAAAAGUGGGUAUUGA